UGUAUUAGUCACAUGAGAUGAUGAGAACUAGUCAGGCGCCGGUACCGGCGGUCAAUAACCGGGUUAAAAAGGUUUAAAAAUUUUCCACGCAGCACUGUAGCCGACAUACGUGUCUGUCAGAACACCAAACGUGUCAACUGACACGACAACGGUAUACAGUAGGGCAGGAAUAGGACUACCAGUAGUAUUACAGAAAAUCAGAAAUGUUGCGUCACAGUAUUAGUUGUGUCGAAACCAUGGUCAAAAGAGGCAAGUCUAGACCUGCCGUUGUUGAAACUAAAUGCGAUUGACGGCGCAACAGUUUUAUUAACCUGCAACCCGAACAGGAGAAGCAUUAGUUCCGGAGUUGACUAUAUAGAACAGCUUAUUAGAACUACAGUGAUUAUUUUGUGGCAUUUACCGUCACGUAGAGGAUUUCUCGGCUUGUUAGGCAGAAGUGAUUAGAAUAGACCGCCAAUGGCGUUUUUUGUGCUUUGCCGGCACCCCCACUAUGAGGAACAGUACAUCUGAGGUCAGCGCUUUAGUUCCGAGUCAUUCGAGUUUGUGUCAACUGGACAUUGGCGAGUUGCUGACAGUGGGCAGUUCGUUAGCGGACAGGCAGGGCAGUUUUACGACGAGUUGUGACUUGAACGACUUUUAUUGCCGCUAUUUAUAGUACAUUUAAAAAGUCGCACAAACUAGCGUGGACACGCGACCACGGCACACAAGUUCAUUAUAUAUAUAUCUGACAGUCAAUCUCAUUUCACAGAAACUCUAUAGUUUAAAUAGAAUACUACUAAAUAUAUUACAAUGAGACAACCGGAGACGAGAAGAAAAAGUCAAGUCUUUAUGGAUAGCAUCCUCACCGCUUUGAAACUCCAAGAGAGUGAAAACGAAAAUGAAUCGUCACAAGUUAUAUCGGAGUUAGACGAAAGUACAACUGACGAUAAGUGGUGGGAAGAAGAGGCAGCACUCCGAGAAACUCCUCUUAUCAAUGCGCUUCAAAUCCAACUGGAAACACUGCUACGUCAGAGCACCGUGUUUUCAUUUUCUUUCAACGAAACUUUAACGAGGGAGAUUGCGGAAGAAGUCAGUCGGACGUCUAGACAAGAGACUGGCGGCAUGCGAGCUUGCCGAGUGUUCGUGCGACUUAUUUCUGAAUCGAACUUUUCGUCUAAAGUCUCCCACACUGAGACGUCACUCGACAAAGUUUCUGUAAAUGUUGGUUGUUUAGAUUUAUCGGCGGGAGAAACAGUUUCCACGUUCGAACUCUACGUGUACCUCUGCCCGUCGCAAUCACCACUCAACUGGAUUCGUUCCGUUAUUUCAGCAAUUUCAUCGAAAACCGCACCGAAACAACAGCGUUGUCGGGCGGUGCGUUUGCAGUUAGACUUUGUUUUAAUGAAGCGAAAACUUUUCCGAUCACAGGACAGCUCCGUAAAAGUUUUUCGACAACUUUCAUUCAAAUCGUAACUUUGUUCCAAUUUAAAGAGUUUUCUAUAUUUACUUCCAUUUGUUACACCACCGCACUUUCUCGUCCGAAUUUAUGUUCACACUGCAGUUUCCUUGAGUUACCAACACAACACAGCACGUGUUCAACUUCUUUUCACGCACAAACUUCACACAAACGAUUAGCAAAGCUGCUGGAAGCAAUGUUAAAUACACUUUACUUUUCGUGCCCUAUUUUUGAGCACCCAUAUUAUGUUCUUUAUGUUCUAUAUAUUAAUAAACCAAAAAAACCGUGGCAAAAA